CAUCGUCCCGUGAUCAUUAAGUAGCGCAGACCUCAGGUCGAAACAUAUCGCCGCAUUCACUCAGUACACCAGGAUACUCGCCUCUAACCACACACGACAAUCAUGAAGCUGCUGUUGAUUUUCUGCCUUGUUUCUCUGGCGAUUUCCAGUUCAUUGGGCGCGGUACUGGUUAAUGUCAACGAUACUACCACCGCCUCGACUACUACUGUCACCACAACCAUACCUACCACCGGAAACUCAACCAACGUCACUACGGUCACCACAACAGCUACCACCAGCAACACAACCGCAACAACAGCUACCACGAGUAACACCACCGCAACAACAGCUACCACGAGUAACACCACCGCAACAACAGCUACCACCAGUAACACGACAGCAACAACAGCUACCACCAGUAACACCACGGCAACAACGGGCACCACCAGUAACACGACAGCAUCAACAGGCACCACUAGUAACACAACCGCAACAACAGCUACCACCAGUAACACCACAGCAACCACCCACCCCACCAGCACCGGAUCAACAAAGCCGACCACCGAACACACCACCAAAAAAUCGUCCGGCUCCGGCUCCAAGUUCGACGUCGGCUCAUUCUUCGGCGGCAUCGGGUUGGUCGUCGGCAUCGUCAUCAUCGUCGUCAUUGGGUACAAAUGUUACAAGACACGGAACCAGGAGGGGUACAAGUCGAUGUAGGGGUAGGGUACAGGUCUAUGUAGGGGUGGGGUACAAGUCUAUGUAGGGGUGGGGUACAGGUCUAUGUAGGGGUGGGGUACAGGUCUAUGUAGGGGUGGGGUACAGGUCUAUGUAGUGGAGGGGAACAGGUCUAUGUAGGGGAGGGGUACAAGUCUAUGUAGGGGUGGGGACUUUUGUGGGGUAAAAGUCUAUGUAGCGGUGGGUUACAGGUCUAUGUAGGGGUGGGGUACAGGUAUAUGUAGGGGAGGGGUACAUGUCCAUUUAGGGAAGCAUUUUUUUUUUAAUAAAUGAGAUCGGGGUUGGGCAACUUGAUUUUUCCCCAGCGAGGAAGAAGUAAUGUAGCCCUACAUAAUGUAGCCCUACAUAAUGUAGCCCUACAUAAUGUAGCUAUACAUAAUGUAGCCCUACAUAAUGUAGCCCUACAUAAUAUAGCCCUACAUAAUGUGGCCCUACAUAAUGUGGCCCUACAUAAUGUAGCCCUACAUAAUGUAGCCUUACAUAAUGCAGCCAUACAUAAGGUAGCAAUACGUAAUGUUGCCAUACAUAAUGUAGCCAUACGUAAAAAUAGCAAGUAUCAUAUCUAGUUUAAAAGAGAGGGAUGUGAUGAAAGUAGCCUUAUAGAUUAUAGACCGUUUAACUCGGGUGAAGAUUUAUCUCAACACCUAUGGAAUAGAUUAAAAUAUUUUCAAAAUUGAAUCGAAUCCCCCCCCCCCCCCCCCCCCCCCGGUGUACAUUGGUUAUACCUGCCAGUCUAGAAUGCCAGUCCUUGGACUAGAGUGCUAGAAGUGUGAACGUGUGAAUGAGACUCUAAAAGCGUGGACUAAAUGUGCAGUGGACAAAUAGUUCCAAUGGUAACCUGGAGUGUGAUGUGUAUCGACAUGAUUGAUGCUUAAAUAAAAACAAAUGUCAAACACUG